UUCAUUUCUUUUACAUUAAAAUCUUUGUACUUUGUUCGAUAUUAACUUUGUCAUUUUUGAUAAUGAUUGAUAAUUACGUUCACGUUAUUAUGUUUAGCGAACAGCACACUAGAACUGUACAAAUACACAUGAAAUACUUUUUUUUAAGCGCAUACACUUGCUCGAUUGGACAGAUUGUUGCUGGUGAGAUAAAAAAACGUCUUUACGGCGACGCAAGACACGAACGCCGAACGCCAAAAAAUAAUGAAUAUAAUGAUUUACUUUCCGGAGUUCUACUUAUAAUUUAGAAUUUAGGCGAUAUAUAACAAUAAAAAGUCGAAAUGGCUGCAAUCGAUCAACCGGACCUUUUAUUCUUCGAUACUUUCUCCCACGACACGAGCGAGGAACUGAAUCUAGAUCUAGUGCAGUUUCCAAAGUCCGUUUAUGUGAGAGAAAUACGUAUUAUUCCUUUGGGGGCUCGUGUGGAAGGCGAUUUUCCUGGAGGUGUCCGCUUGGGAGCAACGAAUCCAACAAAAUUUCAUAUAGAUUUCUUCGUGAAUGACUUGAGCAAGCCUGGAGCAUCGACUUUUGAAGCGCUCGGGAGCUUGGACUACUGUCAGAAUGGACAGAUUCAUAUGGAGUGUGGGUCAAACUUGGACCAACCUAGGAUACCCACUGAUGGACUUGUUCUUAGAGGUUGGUAUACAACCAUCACUCUGGCAGUUUAUGGGAACCUGAGCCAAGUGAUUCCGGAAACCCCAGUUGGAGUGAACCCACCUUCAGUCCAGAGACCAUCCAUCCCCCGCGAAGUACCUACAGUGUCCAACGUACCUCCACAGGAUUGGAACCCGGAGGCUUCUAAUCCCAUACCAACCUACACUGGCUCCGCUGCUGCUAAUCCUGAUGCCUAUGGACCUAAUUAUCCUCCGGAGAACUAUGAUAAUCCCUACCGGACAGACUACUAUGACAAUGAACCUCCAAAGGACCCAAGAACCUAUCACAUGGAUGAUGAUUGGGAAAAGGACCGUCGGGGCAUGAGCCUUGAUCGUGAGGGAGAUAGAUUGCGGCGAAGUCCCCGAUCCGUAGACUUAGACAGGGAUAGAAGAGAAGGCAGAAGUCGUAGAAGAUCUCUUGAUAGAGGCCGAAGUCGGGAUUCAUCGAGACAUCGCGAUAGAAGCCGGGAUUUGGAUAGAAUGGAUAGACUCCAUUCGAGAUCUAGAAGUCGGGAGAGAGAGUAUGUUGUGAAAGGGGAAUAUCGACCACUCAGCAGGUCUAGGUCUCGAAGCAUCGAUAGGGACAGACUGCGCGGAACCUCUAACGAUCGCGACUGGGACAGAGGUUCUUAUAAAAAAGACGACUAUAGACGUCACAGAGAUUCCUCGUACGACCGAUCGCGCGGCGGAUCCUAUGAUAAGCGCUCUGGUUCUUACGACAGACGAUCGCCUUAUGACAAAAGAGCUCCUUCCUACGAAAGGAAAUUGUCUUACGAAAAACGUGGCCCGUCUUAUGAAAAAAGGCAAUCACCUAGAGCUUCGUCUUAUGAGCGCAGAGCACCGUCUUUCGAGAAGCAAGCACCUUAUGAUAAGAAGAGACAUUCACCAUACAGAAUUAGAACUUCGAGCUAUGGCAGUCGGUCCCCUAGUCGAGACGAUCCUAGAAAACGACCCAGGACUCCCCCUGGAGAAAGCAGUAGAAGACCAUUAUCACCUAGAGAAGGAGAUACCUCUAGUCCCAUUAAUUCAAUCAGGUCUGAAGAAACUGGGGACUAUGACAGGAGCGGCAAGCAAAUCCCAAGAGUUGACUUUUAUCAUCCAACCUACAGACAUAAGAAUCCGAUCAGGAGUCCUUCCGAAGAAAUCGAAAACCCUCCAUAUGUUGAACCUCAGCAUUCUAGUUUAGUUACUGUUCAGAUAGUGGAUACCUCGGCACCUAAGGUUAUUGAAUCUCCCGCGCGGAAUCCUGAGGAAGAUCGCUCGAUGGAUGCAGAGCAGUUUGAACCAAUUCUCUCUGACGAAGACAUUUGUGAUGACUUAGAAGCGCCAUACAUGGACGUUGACUAUGAUGUGAACGACUAUGAUGGUAUUGAUGAUAUAAUAAAAUAUUUCAACCCAUUCAAGAAUGAUUGGAAGAAAUACCAGCAUGUGAAUGCCGUUCAUAAACUUGCUAAUGAGAUUAAAGAUGUAAUGACAGCCAGUUUUGACGAGCUCUGCGAUGCCAGUGCUGAUCUUUUCAAGAUGUCAGAAAUGGCUAAAGCGGGAACCAAGAGGGAGCAGAAAUUCUUCUCAAAUACGUUUACUGAAAUCGAUAAUACGGCAAAAGAAGAAUGGGUUCAUCAGUGCGAACAACUGACUAUAGCUUUAUCUAAUCUUUGCAAUAAUACAGAUAUUAUAUUGAGGAUUUUCAAGAACAGCGUCCGCAUGGAAGGGUCUGAAGAAUUUACAGAUAUCUACAACCUUCUAGUGACUUUCUGCCGCAUAGGCCUGAAUUUUGAGUACGCAUUGUCACAGAAUGUAGCUACAUACAAGAUAAGACACAUGAAAUGUGGCAUCCGUUUAGCCGAAGCUCUGUUUUCACACAGGCACAGUGAGCAAGUUAUCAAAGUAUUUUUAAGCGCUGGAAUAGAUGUCCAGAUGUUACUUUUAGAAAUGUAUUCUAAAGAAUACAUGGCUUUGAGCAUACGCCUGAUGAUCUUAAAGGCGUUAAAUGCUUGUUUGUCAUCUAAAGUUGCCAUUGAGCAUUUCAUGCAAGAGGCUGUCUAUCCGAAAUUCAGCAAAAAUGAAAGUGAUAGUGACAACAAACCUAUGAAUGGCUAUCAGGCACUUAUUGCUAUUAUGCAAACAAAUCCUUUGGCAAGAAUUAAGUUUUCUAUCAGUGCUUUGAUUAAAAAGCAGAAUAUAUAUGAAUUAUUAGAGAAAUUACAUGAUUUAGUAUUGAAUUUCAAUAAGAAUGCUGCAGAAAGUAACCAAACGGAAGAUGCAGAAUUAUCGGAAAGUGACACCGACUUCAUUGUCAACUCCUUAGAGGAAGUAUUGUACAUGUAUCGUUCACAGUGCUUCCAUAUUUCUCAACCAAAGCGUUUUUUACCUGUUUCUGCUCAAUUUGAAAUCAGUAAAGACUGUUCCAACGAGACCUUGUUAGAAUUUUUCAAUAUGCAUUACAUUCUGGAAGUCUGUUUGUACUUACUGACGUGCCCUACCACUUGCAACAACUUGGUCGUCAUAAGUCCGAUACAUGACUUGAUAUAUGAGCUUGUCCAUUCACAAAAUGGUUUAAAUUUCUUAUAUAGAAACAUGGAGAUGAGCGAACUACUUUUCAAGACCUUAGCUCAACCUUACGGCCAAAAUACAGAUGAGUUCAUCUAUCCCCAUGAUUUGAGCAACUACACUGAUUUACAAAUACUUGGUCUUGAACUUGCUUAUAGACUCAAGGCGUUAUAUUAUUUGGAGUCCAUCUGCGAUUUGCAAGCCGGCAAAGUGGAUGAAAACGAAUUGAUAGAUAGACUGCAAUCUUUAUACUGCCUAAGUUUUGGAAGCAUCGGUAGAACUGCGGUCCCUGAUGUAAUCGCUAUGGGGGAUAACGCGGAAUGUCUUAUGGAAGUAUUUGAGAAAGAAUUAAAGAGUAAGAGGAGUGAUUCCUUAUCUAAACAGAAGUCACCUGCUAAAGGCUAUGCAAUUGAAUUAAUAGUAUCUGCAGUUCGGUACUCGGCCAGUGUCCCAUUUUUGAAGAAAUAUGGGAAUAGACUAGUAAAUGUUUCCAAGGAACAUGAUAGAUUUGAACCCAGCGUCUCAAGUGUUCUACAAGAAGUGAUUCCCUACUUGAAACCAGUCGAAAAGACCAAUCUCCUAACUGGAGAGGACAUGGGUGAAUGCGUAGAAAUACUAAAAACCACGUUGGAACAAGUCCCAGAUUUGCCUGGAGAAUUAAUGACCUGUCUAAGGAUUUUACGGCAUUUCUGCAUUUCGGAUUACGAAUCGAACGUAUCCAUCGCCAGCGAAUCUGCCACCGAUGAAUAUGUUGAAUUAAAAUACAAGUAUAACGUACUUCAACUGUUUUCUCUAGACGGGGUUGCGUUACUAGUUGGAGUGUUAGAUCGUUUGGCAGUUCAUUUCGAUCAACCAAGUAUGCAUACGGCAUUCUUCGCGUCAGUUAGAGGUCUUCAACUAGCCCAAAUUCUCUUGCCCUGCUUGAGGCUUUUGGACGAAAUGCUAGCACGAGUUGUCCGCUGCCGCGGCUCAAGAUUCCGUGAUUUGACCGCCGCUCCCAUGUUGCUCAAAACCUAUGGAAUUGCCAAGGCUUUCCCGGUGGGUUCAGUAGGGUAUAGGACUGCGACUAAAGCGUCAGAAGCGGCCGUGAAAGCUUUACUAGCUUACGCUCAACCGAUAGCUGACAACGCGAAGGAUGGAGACUCAAUACGUCGAGGGCCUUGGACUUCUUUAUGCUCUGAAGUGAUCUCAUACAUAACUACAGCACCUUAUACUUUUGUACCUGGCCUUUUAGUGUUUUCAGAGCUUUUACCUUUACCUCUACCGAUGCAGACGAAAACGCCUCCAACAGAAAGGGAAUUAGCUGACGCGUCAAAUGAAAGGCGCUUAUGGUCGGCGCAUCUCCAUGCUCUAUCUAAUGAUUUGACAGACAUGAUUCAAAUCAUUUGCAUGUCGACAUAUAGACCUGUCGUUCAUAUGUUACGGCGAGUGUGUGUUCAGAUAGCUGAUUUAGCUCCGAAUACAGCGGCUACCGUAGCAAGGGCUGCUGUCGGAGCAGUUAUGAGAGAACUUAAACCUGGUGAACCUGCUACGGCCAGUUCUGCACGGGUAAUGGGAUUCUUAGCUUGCUUAGUAUCGCACGCUCCAGUCAAAUGUGCGGUGUUACAUGCUAUGAACAGCGGAGGACCUAAGGCUACCGAUGUCCAGACAGCAUUAUGUGGAGUUUUAAGUCUUGCCAACGCGUCUAAUGAGCACGCAGCGGCUCAAGAAUUCGCCGCUCACGCUUUAGCGGCCUUUUGCGAUGUAGAAGUUACAUUAACACCUAUGCACGCUUCCACAGAUAUUCUCCUUGCAAAUUCCCUUCCCGGAAAGGAAGCUUUGGCUGCAUUCUUGGAUGCUUCAGCUGAUUGUUUAGAAUCCUCGACAAAAACAUGUUCAGUGUCCUUAGCAGUUCUUAGAGCGUACUUCGUAUUAACCGAGCAUCAAUACGGGUUUCUGCAGUUCCGAAAAUUUGUGACCAAGAGAAGGGAAGCUUUGGGAAAAUUCUUCAGAUGGGUAUUAGAAGGUCCUGGGGAAGAUAAGGCGGAGUGCUUGAGUUUGUACUUCGAUUUAAUAAGGAUGUUGAAGGCAGAAGAAGGUGAUGGGCCUUUAGGGCGUAAAGGGGUGUUGACGGAUGAAGAAGUGGCGGAUAUGGUGGGGUAUACGGCUAAUGAGGAAGACCAUCCUGCUUUGACGUUGGAGAAAACAUUGAAGGAGCGGUCCCAGGACGAAGACGUCUCAAUCGCCAGCCUAAUCACCUCCUGUCUCCACAAACUGAAGCCUUCAGAGGAAACCCCUGAAGUCCCGGAAACCGUCCUACCAGCCCCGGAGACUUUGGUAGCUCAGUUCGCAGCCAGGACUAUAUAUGCUAUAGGGGAGGCCAGUGAUGAGAGAUUAACGUCCAGCUAUUGGUUGAAUCUGCCUUCUGUUGGCGGGGAAGAGGAUGUUAAUGAUAAUGAGUUGGUGUGUGUGGACAUAAUGGAGAUAGCCCGUUCUUGCGUCGGAGCGGGUACCGAUGUGGCCGGCGCUGUGCGUCGUCUGGCGGGCUGUCGCGCGCAGCCCGCUCCCGCUAGGGAACCUAGGCCUCCGGUGGCAUUAUCUCGCGUCCGGCCCGAGGGCGCAGACGCGUUCCGCUCCCGACCACCCAACACGUCCCGCCCGCCGUCGCUGCACGUCGAUGAUUUCACAGCGCUCCAUCCACCGUACGGCAAACCUCAGGCACGCGGCAUGCGGCGCGGCGCGGCGCCGGACCGCGGGCGCUUCGCGUCGGCCGCGCCCGUGCACCCGGGCCACGCGGGCCACGCGGGCCACGCGGGCCACGCGGGCCACGGGGGCCACGCGGGCCACCCGCCGCACGCGGGCCACGCGCCGCACCAGGCGCCCGCGCACUACCGCCACCUUCGCGGUCGCGGCGCCUGGGAGCUGGGCGCGUCUCACUUCGGGCACUUCCCGCCCGCGCAGUAUAUGAUGAGCUCUAUGGGCUGGGGCGGAGCGCGCAUGCAGCGCGGGCCGCGCCACCGCGCGUUCCUGCGGUAACCGCGCAACCGCGACUUCUUGCGGUAACCGCGCAAACGCGACUUAUUGCGGUAACCGCGCAACCGCACCGUCGUGCGGUAACCGCGCCUUCUUCCGGUAACCGCGCCUUCCUGCCGUAACCGCGACACCACGCCUUCCUGCGGUAACCGCGCAACCGCGCCUUCCUGCGGUAACCGCGCACGGACACAUGGACAAACAUACUAAAGUUUUGACUUGAUGGCAACACUGUCAAAGUUUAUUUCGCUCGCAAUAUGUAUGUAUGUUGUGUACAGUCGAGUUCAUAAAUAUGCAAUCAUUUUUUCACCUUAUUGCAAUAUUAAGGUGAAGAAAUUGUAUACAUAUUAAUGAACCCGACUGUACAAUAAUGCGUUAUUUAAAUCAUACUAUAUUAAGUUAAAGUUGACUUAAGUAAAUCCUAAAUAAAUAAAACUGCUGAUAA